GUUUGUUUAUUUCCGGUGUGACGUCACGAAUUCUCCGCCAUAUUGCCUCGCUAUUGAGGGUGUGCCAAAAACUCAUUUGAGAAUUUGAGCGGAUUGAGGCUGGCUCCAUGAACAAUAAAGAGAAGGCUGAGUAACAGAAUAAAGACCAUGUAACAGAUGUGUAUGGUGAUGCUCGCUAUAUAGACAAAACCAGACGUACAGACACACCAGAGAAAAGACAGACAGACAGGGCGGGCGCUAACGAGACAACGCCGAGAUGGCCAUGCUGUCGCUGAAGAUCAGCGUGGUGGGGAACAAUGUCGUCAAGACGAUGCAGUUCGAGCCGUCCACCCAGGUGUACGACGCCUGUAAGAUCAUUCCAUUAAGUAUCAUAGAGACCAAUCCCGGAAAUCCACAAGAUUAUGGACUCUUCCUGGCUGACGAAGAUCCCAAAAAAGGGGUGUGGCUAGAAGCAGGGAGAACUCUGGACUACUAUCUCCUUAGGAAUGGGGAUUUAUUGGAGUACAAAAAGAAAAUGAGAAUUUUACAAAUCAAAACCUUAUGUACCAAAAUGGGUAAAUAUCAGAUAUCAAUACAUGUAUGUACCAAAAUGGGCAUUUCUAACCAUGAGGAAUACUCGCUGGUCCGCGAGAUGACGGACGACGAGAAAGAGAAGACGCUGACACUACGACGAGAUAAAUCCAUCGCCAAGGACCAGAAAAAACUAGAAGAGAUGAGGAAGAAACUACACACAGACGACGAAUUGGAGUGGUUGGACCAUUCGAGGACACUGAGAGAGCAGGGUGUGGCUGACUCAGACACCCUUCUACUGAGGAGGAAGUUCUUCUUCUCUGACCAGAAUGUGGACCAGAGAGAUCCGGUACAACUCAAUCUAUUAUAUGUACAGUCACGUGAUGCUAUCCUGGACGGAACACACCCGGUAACUCUGGAGGAGGCCAUCAGUCUGGCCGGGAUCCAGGUCCACAUACAGUUCGGGGACUACAUAGAGAACAAACACAAACCCGGAUUUCUAGAUGUAAAAGAAUUUCUACCAAAAGAGUAUGUCAAAACACCGAAAAUUGAGAAGAGAAUUUUUGCAGAACACAAGAAAUGGGUCGGUGUUCAUGAAUUUGAGGCCAAAGCCAAGUACACACAGAAAUGUAGGGGGUUAAAGACGUACGGGAUCACCUUCUUCUUAGUCAAGGAGAAGAUGCCCGGUAAAAAUAAACUGGUUCCCCGCCUGCUUGGUAUUACAAAGGAGAGUGUGGUGAGAAUGGACGAAAAAACAAAAGAGAUUAUGAAAACUUGGCCACUGACCACAGUCAAAAGAUGGGCAGCUUCUCCUAACAGUUUUACAUUGGACUUUGGGGAUUACUCUGACUCGUACUACUCAGUACAGACUCAGGAAGGAGAGCAGAUCUCACGACUGAUCGCGGGCUACAUCGACAUUAUACUCAAACGGAAAAAAGAUAAGGAUCACCUGGGAAUCGAGGGGUCUGACGAAGCUCCAAUGUACGAAGAUAGUGUGUCGCCAGCAAAGGCGACCAUUAUUUCGCGGAUGCAGGGUAAUGUGAGUCACCCAGACGUGGCGUCAGUGGCUAUGCCGGGGGUGAUGAGGGGCGGAGUGUCGGGGGAGACACAGAUCAGUAUGGGCUCCAUGUCAUCAGCCCAACACGGACAGGUCUCAAACGAAAUGCAUAUGGUGCAUGGCAACAGACAGAGCCAGAACAUCCAGGAGUAUGGGUUGUCCCAGUCCCAGAGGGCGCUGUUAACAUGUAUAGAGGAGGGAAUCACCUCCAUACGACAAGCCGAGUCACAGAUGGACAAGGGGGCAGCACUACCCAACCUCGGAAACGACGCAGCUUCUAAGAAGUGGAGACAGAACAUGUUGGAUUUGUCCAGACAGAAGGUCGGGGCCCAGCUGUCGGCGAUGAACGCCGCCACCGCUCAGCUGGUUACCAUGUCAAUAGACGACGAGAUUGACACCAGUCGUGUCGGGGCCGCAGUAGCUCAGAUAACCUCCAACAUUGAUGACUUCUCCCAGGAUGUGCGGAUGCUGGGAGCUUUACAGGAUGAUGACGAGAGUAGAAACAAACUGCUGGGGGCCGCCAAACGUCUGUGUGGGGCCUUCUCUGAUCUCCUGAGUGCUGCAGAACCAGGGCAGAAGGAGAGUAAAUCUAACCUAAUAUCGGCUGCUAAGACAGUGGGUGAGGCUUCACAGGAAGUGAUGCAAGGAAUCGGGGAGACGGCCGACGACAUGGACAAGAUGUAUCAGGAAACCUUGCUUGCCCUGGCUAAGGCAGUGGCUAACGCUACAGCCCAGCUUGUCCUGAAAGCCAAGAAUGUCGCCAGCACAACAGAAGACCAGGGGCUUCAGAACAAAGUUAUCAGCUCAGCUACAAGCUGUGCUCUGGCUACCUCCCAGCUUGUAGCUUGUACUAAGGUGGUUGCCCCCACUAUAAGCAGCCCUGCCUGUCAGGAGCAGUUGAUAGAGGCGGCUAAGGGCGUGGCCCACUCUGUGGAGGGUAUCGUAGAGGCUGCCCAGCAGUCAUGUCGGGAUGAUAAACUCCUGGCGGACCUCGGAGGGGCCGCUACGGCAGUGACCCAGGCCCUGAAUGACCUACUACAGCACAUCAAGAAAGGGGCAGGACCCACCACUGCAGGGGAAGGUCAUGAGGAUGCAGUGGACACGAUACUGACCGUGACUGACCGACUGUUCAGUAGUGUAGGGGACGCUCAUGAGAUGGUCAGGCAGGCCAGGCACCUGGCUCAGGCCACGUCGUCGUUGGUCGGGGCCAUUAGGAGUGAAGCGGAGGGACACUCGGACUCAGACAUGCAGAAACGACUCUUGGCUGCUGCGCGACAACUGGCUGAUGCCACCGCCAACAUGGUGGAGGCUGCCAAGGGUUGUGCCUCCAGCCCUAAUGAUUCUGAUAAACAAGGCAGACUACGCAGUGCCGCAGAAGAUCUACGGGCAGCUACAAACAUCGCAGCUAGUAAUGCCCUCAAAAAGAAACUCAUCAGGAGGCUAGAGAACGCAGCUCGACGCACUGCCUCAGCGACCACACAACUCAUCAACGCUUCAAAGAACGCAAACAAAUCUAACACUAAUACUUCUUCUGAACACCAGCUAACACAACAGUGUCAGAUAAUGAGUGAACAAUUGCCUCUGUUGAUUCAAGGCUUCCGUAGAUCUGAGACCAACCAGGACAGCGCUACAGCUCAGCUACAGCUAAUUAACGCUAGCAAGGAAUUCAUACAGCCUGCUAGUCAGCUGGUGUCUGCUGCUAACGCUGCCGCCCCUACUGUGGGUGACCAAUCGGCCGGUAUAAACCUGAACCAGGCGGUGAAGACAAUGACCACCGCGCUGGCCGAGCUGAGAUCAGCCUCGGGUAAAGCCGAGGAGAUGUGUAUUUCUCUUGAGGUGGACGCCGCACUGGACCAGCUCAACGGACUGGACAAGGACCUGGAGGAGUAUCGGCGUGCCGUGGACAGCGGGAAUCUGGUGCCACUUCCUGGAGAUACAGCUGAGUCUUCUGCUUCAAAACUUGGAUCCACCUCGAAGAAUGUUGGAUCAGCAAUGGCCCAACUCCUGACAGCAGCUUCACAGGGUAAUGAGAACUAUGUAGGAGUGGCAGCCAGAGACACUGCCAAUGCUCUCCGAGUUCUGACAGAAUCUACACGUGGUGUGGCGGCGACUUCAGAGGACAUCGAGGUCAAACGUCAGGUCAUCGACAGCGCAAGGGAAGUCAUCAACAAAUCUACACGGCUUCUGGAGGAAACCAAGCGAGCCAUGAACGACCCAGACAAUCCCGAGAACCAGAGCCGACUGAACCAGGUGGCAAAGGCGGUGUCUGCAGCACUCAAUAACUGUGUGAAUGCACUGCCGGGACAGAGGGAUGUAGACAAUACCAUCAGACAGAUCACCAGCUCUAGUCAGGAACUAGCCACCACUCAGUACCCCAGUACAGACAGAACCUUCCAGGAGAUUCAGAUUGAGAUCAACAACGCCGCUGUGAACCUGAACCAGGCGGCUAGUGACAUAGUCACUGCGUCACGCGGCACACCCAAACAACUCGCCGAGUCCUCUCAAGUCUAUGGGUCAUCGUACUCCGAGUUCAUCAAGUCAGGACUCACCAUGGCAGGUUUGUCUAAGGAUGUGGACACACAGAACCAGAUAGUUGGAGGUCUGAAGAACGUUUCUAUGGUGUCCAGUAAACUCUUGCUGGCUGCCAAAUCUGUGUCAGCUGAUCCAAACGCUCCCAACACCAAGAAUCUGCUAUCACAGGCCGCCAGGGCUGUCACAGAGAGCAUUAACCAGUUAAUCAAUGUGUGUACGGUAUCAGCACCAGGGCAGAAAGAAUGUGAUAAUGCCCUCCGACAGAUACAGAUGAUGAAGUCGAUGUUGGAGAGUGCCAAUGAACCGGUGACAGACAUGUCGUAUUUCGAAUGCCUCGACUCCGUCAUGGAGAAAUCCAAGCUGCUAGGAGAUUCUAUGACUGGCAUUACAAACCACGCAAAGAAAGGAGACCUGGAGAAUUUCUGUGAUUCAGUGGGGAACUUCUCAACAUCUGUCUGUGGACUUACAGAGGCUGCCUCACAAGCAGCAUAUCUGGUGGGCAUUGCAGAUGGAGCCUCGGAGCCCGGUCAGCCCGGGCUCGUGGACCAAUCUCAGUUUGCACGUGCUAACCAGGCCAUACAGAUGGCAUGUCAGAAUCUGAUCAACCCGGCCAGCUCCCAACAACAGGUGUUGUCGGCAGCGACAGUGGUUGCUAAGCACACAUCCGCCCUGUGUAACGCCUGUCGCCUGGCCUCCAGUAAAACCUCUAACCCCGUCGCUAAGCGACACUUUGUUCAGAGUGCCAAGGACGUUGCUAACAGUACCGCCAACCUAGUCAAGGCCAUCAAGGCUUUAGAUCAGGAUUUCACGGAAGAAAACCGCCAGAAGUGUGCGGAGGCUGCUAAACCCCUGACAGACGCCGUGGACGAACUCACCACGUUCGCUUCCUCCCCAGAAUUCGCCAGUAUGCCAGCCAAGAUCAGUCCACAGGCCAGAAAAGCCCAGGAGCCCAUUAUCGCUGCUGGAAAGGCCAUGAUAGAUGGCGCCUGUAACAUGGUGACUGCAGCCAAACAGCUGGCCGUCAACCCUAAAGAUCCCCCCACGUACCAGCUGUACUCCAACCACUCCAAGAGUGUGUCAGAAGCCAUUAAAAGACUGGUGUCCUCCAUUAAGGACUGCGCUCCUGGUCAGAGAGAAUGUGACGAGUCAAUAGAGAAACUGAACCGGUCAAUACGGGACCUUGACCAGGCAUCACUAGCCGCGAUCAGUCAAAGCUUACAGCAGAGGACAGAGAAAUCCCUCAGGGGCUUCCAAGAACAGAUGAUUGGUAGUGCCAGAGAAAUCCACGACCUUUGUUCAAAGGUCAAGGACUCCGCUAAAGCAGAACCAGAAAAUCUGGGUCACAGAGUGACUAUGAUGGCCAGUUACUUUGGUCCCUUGUCAGAUGGAGCGGUUGGCGCGGCCUCUCUGAUUCAGAACUCGAAACAACAGACGCACAUCCUAGACCUGACCAAGACUGUGGCCGAGUCAGCCCUACAGUUCAUGUACUCCUGUAAAGAAGGAGGGGGCAACCCCAAGGCACCUAAGCACACCCAUGAUAACAUUGACACAGCAGCUGAGAACACGAUGGACGUGGUACAGGAUCUGUUACAGUCACUGGAGGAGGCGGCCUCACAGGCCGGCGUAGUCAACAGCAUGAUAGAGAAACUGACCAAGUCCAUCACAAAGACCGAUGAGCAAGUGAUGGUGAGGGAGGGAAUGUCCUUUGUGGAAUACCAGUCUAACAUGGUCAGCCUGGCGAAGAAGAUUGCCAUGACAACCCAGGAGAUGGUCGGCAAGGCUGGAGUUAACCCCGCUGACCUCGGAAGACUGGCCAAUCAGCUGACUCGAGACUAUGACAUUCUGGCCAGCAACUCGGCUAACGCUGCAGCCACAGCUAGUGGGCAAGAUAUCGCAAAUCGUAUCCGGACGACAGUGCAGGACCUGGGUAAGAGCUGUGUGGAGUUGGUACAGGAUGCUGGGAAGGUACAGGGUGAUCCUCACGAUACGUUCGCGCGUAGAGAUCUACAGGACCACGCUCGCAGCGUCAGCGAGAAGGUCUCAUUCGUGUUGGCGGCCCUCCAGUCAGGAUCGCGAGGCACCCAGGCCUGUAUUAACGCUGCCAGCGCUGUCAGUGGUAUCAUCGCUGAUCUGGACACCACCAUAAUGUUUGCCACUGCUGGGACACUGAGCACAGAUGGAGACGAUAGCUUUGCUAGCCACAGAGAGGACAUCCUUAAGACAGCUAAAGCCUUGGUGGAGGAGACCAAGAAACUGGUACAGGGGGCGGCCUCUGAUCAGGAGACCCUGGCAGGGGCAGCCCAGCAGGCCGUCAAAACCAUCACCAAACUCGCCGACGUGGUCAAACUGGGGGCCGCCUCACUGGGCUCCGACCAACCAGAGGCACAGGUGAUGAUAAUAAACGCAGUCAAGGACGUGGCCUCUGCUCUUUCGGAUCUGAUCAGUGCUACCAAGAACGCCUCCGGCAAAAACGUAUCCGAUCCGGCAAUGCUGACCCUCAAAGAGUCUGCCAAGGUGAUGGUGACUAAUGUUACGUCGCUGUUGAAGACCGUGAAGACAGUGGAGGAUGAAGCAGCGCGCGGAACCCGGGCAUUGGAGUCCACCAUCGAGGCCAUAGGGCAGGAGAUCAAGUCUUAUGAGGCGGGAACUCUACCAGAGAAGAAGGCUACAGCAGAAGAUCUGAUCCGUCUGACUAAACCUAUCACCACGGCAACUGCUAAAGCAGUGGCUGCUGGGAACUCAGCCAGACAGGAAGACGUCAUUAUCUGCGCUAACAUGGGACGCAAAGCUAUCUUUGAUCUUCUGGCCACAUGCAGGGGUACAGCCAGCACUGCGGAGACGACUGAGGUCAGACAAAAGACGAUACAGGCCGGGAAAAGCUGUGCUGUGGUGUACAAAGACCUGCUGGAACAAGUCAGUGUGGUGGUUCAAAAACCUUCCCAGGAGUCCAAGCAGACUCUGGCCGCACUGUCCAGACAGGUGGCGACCUCUGUACAGGAAGUAGUUCAUUGUGCGGAACUCAUCAAAGUGGGCCAGCUAACACCAGACGGAGCCUCCAAAGAAAUUCGCUGGUCCCAUAUUGUAUCAGGUAACCAGGGCAACGCUGAUCAAGAGAAUGCUUUCAUUGUAGGUUAGGAGUAUACAGAUGCUGCAGUAAUAAAACUGUCAUGGCUAUAUUUAGCAGGGGAGAGAACAUGGAUUAUAAUUUUACAAUUUUUUGUAGAAGAUUGAAUUUGGCUCACCUUUGGUUAUCAAAAUAGCAAUAAAAUUAUUGCUUAAAAUCAAAUGUAAGACAAUCUUUUCUUCUUCAGCAAAGAAAUCAAUCACCCCUCCUCCUUUUAUACUUAGUAUGUAACUUAAUACUUGUACACAAGUGACCAAGAUUUCUUUUCUUUUCUUUACAUAGGAUUUUUUAAGGUAAAAUAUAGCCAUAUUUUGUUAUUGCAGCAUUGUUUUCAGUCCAAAACCAAACUUAGGAACCAGAACGUUACACAAUUAAUAUCCUGGAUAGAAUUAAUACCUGUGUUCCUGACAUCAUAAUAUUGACCUUGACAUCUGACCUAAGAGUUGUCUGACCCUGAUAUCUGACCUUUAAGUUUUCUGACUUUGACAUUUGACUUAAAAUUUAUCUGACCCUGACAUUCGACCUUAAAUUUGUGUGAUGAAACAUGGCUGAAAUAUUGCAGACUCUGCAAUAAACAAUCAUCAAUCCACCUUAAAUUUAUCUUACCUUGACAUUUGACCUUAAAGUUAUGUUACCUUGACAUCUAACCUUAAAGUUGCCUGACGUAUAAUAGUUAAACUUACUUUAUAUGACAUUCAAGAGAGACAGUUUAAAUGUUACAAAUGAUAUUUAAAUACAUACUGGUUAUAUUGGCAUGCCCAUUCUAAUCAGACCAAAACAACACGUGGAGAUGAGGUCAUCUAUUUAGUGGUUUCUGUUUUCUGUUAAAGGAUUUAAAUUUUUGAAAGAACUUAAAAGAGAGAUAAUGAACUUUACUGGAAAAUUAGCAAAAACAAAAUUAAAGAUAAAUUUCACUUGUUCACUAGAAUUAAAUUGAAGGUAUUUUAGUAGACCAUCUCCAUGUGUUAAUGAUAUGUAUACCAUUGCAUAAGCUUAUCAAUGAUUGUGUUGAUUUAGUAUAUAGCCUUCAGUGAUCUUCAGUGUUGUUAAAGGGUAAAAUGAUAUUGCCCUGUUUUAUGUGAAUGCUGCAAAAUGAGAAGAAAAACUAUCAAUAUCACAGGGUCAUUAAUUAGUACUUUAAUAAUUAAACGAAUACUUAUGUAUAAUCAUGAUGUCUUCCAAAAGCCAAGUAAAAGUGGAGAGGUUAUGUCGACACUCGACAGCAUAAAUUUUUAUUAAGUUCACAUGAAUUUCAUAUCACUCAAGUUUUCAUGCAAAUUGUUUUGUUAACUACCAUAUCAUUCCUCAUGUUCAUUCCUCAUUAAUUAUUGUCCACACCCUGUACAGUAGAACCCAUCCUAUAUAUAUAUAUUAUCUUACAAUGUAUUACCCAAUCCAGACUUUGUUAAAUUGUCCCCUCUUUUGAUAAGUUUUUUCUCUACCCCAUGACUACAAAUUCCAAUAUAUAUAAAUAUAUUUUCAUUCGAUAGAGUAGAAAUAUUUUUAAAAGAAAUUUAGGAUGCAGUGACCUAUAUUUCAAGCAUGAAUUUUAUUAUUUUAUUUUUGAUUUGUUAUUGCAGGACAUGUUAUAUGUUGGCUUGUCUGAAUUAAGUUUCAUUUUCUUGCAUGUAUCCAGAUUAUUUAUGAAUGCUUUGAAGUAAAUUUAGUGACCACCACAUUAUGAAUUCAACUUUGUCUUUAUAUUUGAAAAAAAAAUGUUUUUCAUCAUAAAGUUUGCUACCAACUACUUUCUUAGGUAAUUUUGAUAUGGUAAAAUUCUGUAAUAAAAAAUCAAAAGAAAGA